AUGGACAUAGUCAACACCGAAGCAGGUUUGAAUUGGUUGGCACUGAUAGAGUUCUUGAGCUGUGUCCUGUUGCUACAGAGGCUACCAGCUUCAUCUCUCAAGAAAAUUGCAGAAGUUGUCUUUGUCAAUCGCUAUGAUCCUGGAGAGUAUGUUGUUCAUGAGGGUGAAAGUGCUGAUCAAGUUUACUUUGUAUGGGAUGGAGAGGCUGAGGCUGUUGGAUCUGUUGCUGGUGAUGAAGAAAGUUGUCCAGAUUUCCAAUUGAAGCGAUAUGAUUAUUUUGGUUAUGGCAUGUCUACACUUGUUAAUGAGGCAAAAGUAAUUGCUUUGACUAAGCUGACAUGCUUGGUGCUACCUGGUGAACAUUGUAGUUUGCUGCAGAAAAAAUCAAUCGGGAAUGCAGAAAAAACCCUCGAGACAUGCUCACUUGUGGAGAGUAUAUUACACUUGGAGCCAAAAGAAGUAAACAUAUUCUGGAUCACGUUACCAGAUGCACCAAAGUUUGGAAAGGUUUUUGGAGGACAAUUUAUGGGACAGGCAUUGGCUUUGGCAUCAAAAACUGUUGAUUGUUUAAAGGUUGUCCAUAGUUUGCAUGCUUAUUUUCUUCUUGUAGGCUCUGUAACAAUUCCAAUUAUAUAUCAGGUUCAACAAGUACGUGAUGGGAAAUGCUUUGAUGCCCGAAGAGUAGAUGUGCUACAGAAGGGAAACAUUGUAUUCACGUUACUUGCUUCAUUUCAGAAAGAAGAAGGGUUUGAACACCAGGAAGUAACAAUGGCUUCUGUACCUGCUCCAGAGAUGCUUCCGUCGAUGGAAGAGCUACAUGAGAGACGUCUCACGGAUCCACAUCUUCCAAGGAUUUAUGGGAACAAGGUAGCCGCUAGAAAUUUCAUCCCUUGGCCCGUUGAGAUACAGUUUUGUGAGCCUAAUGCUUCAACCAAUGAGACUAAAUCUCCUCCAAGGUUAGCCUGGUUUAUUGUGUUGGAUAUUCAUCUUUUCCUAUGGGCUAAAUAUGCACAUCACUUAUUAUAGAAAUAUGAAUAUGGUUUUUGCUUGCGUGCAAAUCCAUGUUUACAAGCCACAUCUUUUGAG